CGUGAAAUAGACCAGAGCACUGAGAGCAGAGACAAGUAAUUCAAUUGAAUUAUUCAAAUGGUGGUAGUCAGAAGGAAUAAAUAAAAAUGAGCGUGGGUCCUCUAGUAACGGAAAUUGUCCUGGCGUUUUGUCUGGCUGCGACUCUACUCUACAGAUAUGGAAAUGUAUUCAGGAAUCAUAUUGUUGUCACAUUAUCGGUGCUUGUCGCUUGGUACUUUUCAUUAUUGAUUAUAUUCGUGCUGCCCCUAGAUGUUUCCUCGACCGUGUACCGACAAUGCAUGGAGAAAAAUCUUGUGGUAAAUUCGUCGAAUCAAAUUCUUGAAUCAAAUGGUACUGUUCCCUCGACCAAUUGUUUGAAACCGUGGUCGAGUGUUCCAGACAACGUUUUCCCCAAUUUAUGGAGAAUAGUGUACUGGACGUCUCAGUGCUUGACGUGGCUGAUCCUUCCCCUGAUGCAGUCGUACAUAAAAGCCGGAGACUUUACAAUCCGAGGGAAGCUCAAGUCAGCGUUAAUUGACAACGCAAUUUACUACGGAAGUUACUUAUUCAUCUGUGGAAUUCUGUUGAUCUACAUUGCCCUCAAACCAGGACAGAAUUUGGACGGGCAGAAAUUGAAGGCCAUCGCCUCCUCAGCCUCGAACACUUGGGGUUUAUUUCUCCUGGUGUUGCUGCUCGGUUAUGCCCUGGUGGAAGUCCCCAGAGGCCUCUGGAACUCCAGUAAACUCCCUUACAAGCUCCAGUACAGUUAUUUCAAGGCAUCAAAAUUAAGUCUGGAGAAGUGUGAAGCUGAGGAGACUGUGGAUGACAUAUUGGAGUCUCUCCACGCAGCAUCCGCUGCGAUAGGACCCAAUCACCCAUUCUACAGAAAUCUUGAGACUAUUUUCCAGAAAGUUCCUGUCGAAGUGAAGGACAAGAUAAGCAGGAGACAAUUGCCAGACGAUACCCCACUCGAUGGCCCAUCGGAGAAAGCUUUGAUCAGACUUCACAGACAGACUAUCAAAGCUCUUCAGACCCUCCAGAGGACUGAAACCCAGUGGGGAAUUCUGAUGGAGAAGAUUUUCCAACUCGAGGAUAUUGCCAAUAAUCUGUCGAAUCACGACAGAAGAUUCAAAUCUUCAUUCGGAAAACUUCGACCACUCUACAUAAGAAUCAUCUGCAAUCCAACAGUCGAGUGGUACUGGAAGUGUAUGAUAAAGAGUUAUGUGCAGAGAGCAAUUGCUGUUGUUGCUGGAUGUCUUUCAGUUGCUGUUGUCUGGUCUGAAGUGACGUUCUUCAAUAAAUCCCCCGUUUUGUCCCUCUUUGCACAGUUUUUAAACUUGGCUAAAGCUAAAUACGAUUAUCUCACGAUUGAAAUACUCUCCACUGUUAUUAUUGCAUAUCUGUGCUACUGUGCAUAUUCUACAGUAUUGAAGAUACGCUUAUUGAAUCUUUAUUAUCUUGCACCCCAUCAUCAAACUAAUGAGUACAGUCUCAUCUUCAGUGGCAUGAUGCUCUGUCGUCUAACACCACCGAUGUGUCUCAAUUUUCUUGGGCUCAUUCAUAUGGACUCGCAUAUUAUCAAAACGCACAUUCUCGAAACUCAUUAUACCCAAGUUAUGGGACAUAUGGAUGUCAUAUCCAUUAUCUCGGAUGGAUUCAAUGUUUAUUUUCCAAUGGCUAUUUUAGCUUUUUGUUUGGCUACUUAUUUUAGCGUUGGUAGUAGACUCUUGAAUGUACUUGGGUUUCAACAGUUUCUUGGGGAUGAUGAGCUCACCACUGAUCUUGUUGAUGAGGGAAGGGAGCUUAUUCUUCGGGAACGAAGAAAACGACAGAGAGCCGAGGAUUCGGUGACACGCAGGCGUGAAUUUCAGGAACGAUUCAUAAAUCCAACAUCAGCAUCGUCUAGAUACAGAAAUAGUCGUCAGGGAAGUGACACUGUAAGACCACUCCGGAGAGAUGAGUCCACGGAAUCAGCUAGGGCUGGUCUCCUGCGAGAUUUUGAACCCAGUGAAUACUACGUUGGUACUACCUAUGACAGUGCUAAUUCGUACAGUGUAAAUAAUUACGAUGGUGGCUAUCAAGCAGCUGAUUUUUAUGAUUCACGUAACGACCAAACGAGGAAUUUCACAUCAUCAAAUUCCAGUUGGUUAACUGGUCCUCCCAGACGAAUAUUUGAUGAUGUGUGAAGUCUCGGAGUUUUGGUCAAAUUUUUAUAUUGAAGUUUAGAGAAAAUUGGAGGAAUUAGGAGAUAAUAUAUUGCAAUGAUGAUAAGUCAAUAGUAUUUAUUCAUUCAUAGGCAGUUUUUGAUGUAAUUAUGUUAUGAAAUAAUGGAAAUAUCUGCCUUAGGAAAAAAUUUUUCAUGAAUAUCAUGAUGUAAUGUGUUGUGUAAUGCUAUCAAGAGUUGAAUAAAUUCAUAUUAGAAAUUAAUCAAAAGAGCAAGAUUAAUAGAUUAAUAGAUUUUUAUUUCCCAUAUUUCAUUGAUUAUUAACUCCAUUCGGCAGUUUUAUUGCUCCCUAGCACUGAUUGGACAAGUACAGAUCCCCGAACAAUAAUCAUCGAACAAGAUUUUCCAAGACUAGUCCAUAAAUUGGUAGAUUCAAUUAAAAGCGAAUAAAAUAUUUAUUCAGUACAGCAACACGCAGAUGAAGACUAUUGAUUCGUUUAUGGAAAAAUAUUUGUAUUUGAUAUCUCACUUUAGUCUUUUCUCGGAGUUUUAAGAAAAUAUGCUUUUUGUACAAUUUCACGUCUUAUAAUAAACUUUGAUUAUCACCCGAUAGGUUUUUUUACAUCCUUGGAAGUCAAAUAAAAUAUAUUACUUCAUUCAUAAAACAUCACAUACAGUUAACAUUUCAAACCAGAAACAAACCAUCUAAAUUUAAAAUAAACAAAACAACGUAAAAAAUCAUGAAUUAAAAUCGAGUUCUCUCCGGAUUCCAACUAAAAUCAAUAGACAGAAAAAAUAAAAUUAUAUUGAAAAAUUUUUACCUGCCCUUUAACUUU